AUGAUAAAUUUUUGCUGUCGAUAUAUUCCACAUUAUGCCACAAUUACGGAGCCGCUACGUAUACUUAUCAAGAAAGAUGCCCCAUUCGUGUGGACAAGAGAACAAGAAGACACAAUACCAGAAAGUUUACGAGAGAAAGUAGUGAACAUUGCUCAUGAAGGUCAUAUGGGAAUGUCAAAAACGAAAGCGUUAUUACGUGAAAAGGUAUGGUUUCCUCGUAUUGAUGAGUUAGUUAAUGAAAAAGUUAAAUCGUAUUUAGCCUGUCAGAUUACAACUCCAGUCAGUGAAAAGGAACCAUUGAAAAUGUUAGAGUUGCCAAGAUCUCCUUGGAAAGAGAUAAGUAUGGACUUUGGUGUAGCUCGUACAGGCACAGGUGAAUAUUUAUUUGUUUUGUAUGAUGAUUUUUCCAGAUAUCCCAUUGAAGUAAUCCGAUCAACGUCCGCAAAGGCUGUUAUACCCUGUUUGGAUAAGAUUCUUUCGGAGUUCGGGAUACCAGAUACGAUACGUUCAGACAAUGUACCGCCAUUCAAUACCAAGGAAUUUUACGAGUUUUCAAAGUAUUUGAGAUUUAUACACAGAAAAGUUACUCCUUAUUGGCCGCAAGCCAACGGGGAAGUGGAAAGAUUUAUGCGUACUACCAAAAAGACAAUAAAGGCUGCAAUAAUGGAGGGAAAAAAAGCAAGAAAUCCACAGUUUCCUGCGAAAUUAUCGUGCCACACCAAAUAG